AAGAAUGGUGAGGGGCGCACUUGGCACCCAGCAAGUAGGUCAGCCCGCAGAAGGCCCGAAAGCAGCCAGUGUGCCCUUGUCCCCCGCAGACAGGCGGAGCACCUCCGAAGCUCGAGUUGGCGUUGACAGCAGCCUCGCCUGCUCCCACUGACCCGAGGAUUUCGCCGAUCAGAGCCCUGUCCAGCGUGCGCCAGGAGGAAGAGCGGGCCCGGUCCCCUCACCACCUGGUUGUUCAGGGGAACCUCCUCCCCGUCGGGAUGGCGGCUGCCCUGUGCCCCGCUUACGCCUCUCAGGACGGAGUCCCAGAGGAGGAAGGGCCGGGUCGAGGCUUCCCGGCAAGCUGGUUACAGGGCCUGGUGGCCUUCGAGGACGUGGCCGUGGAGUUCAGCCCGGAGGAGUGGGCCCUGCUGGCCCCGGUUCAGAGGACGCUGUACAGAGACGUGAUGCUGGAGACCUGCCGGCACCUGGCCUGGCUGGGGUGUCAUGUCGAUCAACCCAGCCUGAUCUCCCAGUUGGAACAAGAAGACAAGACACCGGCCGAGGAAGGCGGGGUUCUCCCAGGCGCUUGUCCAGAUUUGGAGACUGUAAUUAAAGCCCAGUGGCUAACUCCUAAGAAGCAUGCUUUUAGAAAAGAACACACUAAUGGUGUGAAAGCGGAAAGGAAUCACCUUGGAGUGAAACUUAAUGAAUGUACCCAGUGUUUUAAAGUCUUCAGCACAAAAUCUAACCUCACUCAGCACAAGAGAAUUCAUACUGGAGAGAAACCCUAUGACUGUAACCAGUGUGGGAAAUCCUUCAGCAGUCGGUCCUACCUUACUAUUCAUAGGCGAAUCCACAAUGGGGAGAAGCCCUACGAGUGCAAUGACUGUGGGAAAACCUUCAACGACCCCUCCUCACUGAGACUGCAUGUGAGAAUCCACACUGGAGAAAAGCCUUAUGAAUGUAACCAGUGUUUUCACGUCUUCCGCACUAGCUGUAACCUCAAAAGCCACAAGAGAAUUCAUACGCGAGAGAAUCACCACGAAUGUAAUCAGUGCGGGAAGGCCUUCAGCACGAGGUCCUCCCUCACUGGACACAACAGUAUUCACACGGGAGAGAAACCUUACGAAUGCCAUGACUGUGGAAAGACCUUUAGGAAGAGCUCGUACCUGACACAGCACAUGAGAACUCACACUGGAGAAAAACCCUAUGCAUGUAACCAGUGUGGGAAAUCUUUUAGCAGUAGCUUUUCACUUACUGUACACAAGAGAAUUCAUACUGGAGAAAAACCCUAUGAGUGCAGCAAUUGUGGGAAAGCAUUUAAUAAUCUCUCGGCUGUUAAGAAACACGUGAGGACGCACACUGGAGAAAAACCCUAUGAAUGCAAUCAGUGUGGAAAAUCUUUCACCACUAACUCUUACCUCUCAGUGCACAAGCGAAUACAUAACCGGUGGAUAUGAAUAUGGUAACUGGGGGUGCAGUCACUGAUUUUUUAUUUCCAGACAACUUGUAAUUCAUAAUUGAUAUAGGAACUCUGUUGCUGCAUAAAUUUUCUUCCAAAACAUAGCUAUCGACAACAACAUUUAUUGAGACAGUCUCACAACUCUGUGAGUCAGGAAUUUGGAAACAGCUCAUGGUAUAGUUCUGUCUCAAGCUAUCUAUGAGGUAGUCAAGAUGUCACAGGAGCCAUAGUCAUCUGAGUUUACUGCAAAAGAGUAAACCCUCUUCCAGAAGUGUUCACUCGGGUCUGUUCCUCCCAGUUGUUGGCAAGGAACUGCCAUUCCUUCACCACAUGCAACUCUCCAUGGGGCCACAAAGGCAACAAUCUAGCAGCCAGUUCUCGCAAAAGGGAACGCUAAUACGUCAUCCACGCCCCCUUUGACCCAUUCUCAGGAAGACUUACUGUUGCUUAAUCCAUACUUACUGUCUCACAGACCUAUCCUGAUUAAAUGCAGGGGAGUCCAGUGUACCCAAAGAGAGAUCAUUGGAAACCACCUGAUGCUUGCAGUGGAAUUCAUGUAAAAAGACCUUCCGUGUAGUCAGUGUUAGGUGGCAUUCAGCAACUCUCAUCUUAAUUCACUGUGGAGAACCUCAUAAGAACAGCCUGGUAAGCCGUCAGCUCAAGUGCACCUCAAUGUGCACCACAGGUUAUGUGUUGGGGAGCAACACAAGCGGGUGGCUAUAGGAAAGCAUCAGUGGCAUCUCUGGGGUGUCACGUGGCAGUUCCCACUAGGAGAAACUGUCAUCAUCAGAACACAGAAGCUCUUGGGACAGUCAUCCCUCAGAAAGCGUGAGAAACCCCUCCCGAGGAGCCACAGGAAUGCUGGAAACCCCACAGUACUAAAGCAUUUAUAUUACCGAGCAGAAGUACUCAGUAUGGAUAUACUGAAUGUAAUUACUGGGAAAAGUUGAAUGUUUCCCCAAUUUCAAGAGAUAUAAAGACUUAUUCUGGAGAAAAAAAUUCCCAUGAGAUGUGAUCAGUAUUGGAAUGAUUUCCAUUUUUCCACAUUCUUAGGAACCUAUGAGCACUUGCUGCAAAGAAAUGUGUGACUACAAGAAGAAUGCCUCUCGUAUUAGGAACAGUAGAUUCUCCCUGGAUGUGCGGCCUGCUAGCAUAUUAGCACUGGAAAGUCUCAGUGAUCCCUGUAUUUGUUGAAAUGUGAGAACUCACACAAGGGCACCCCAGCCAUGUAGUCACCAUGGUGAUUCCUCCAUUGUGCAGCUCCCAUGUUGUAUAAAUUGGAAAUGAAAAGUGGACUUGUGAGGAGAGUGGGGUUAUCUUUUACAGUGCCUCUUCCUUUGGCUGGGCCACUCACGAAUUUUAAGUGUUUUAAUAGAAGCAUUUAUAUCUGUAAUGAUCUAAAAUAAACCAUAAAUUGUGUCCCAUAGUCUUGUAUAUAUUAUUUAGACUUGACUUUUAAAAUAUUAAUAUCUGUGUCAUAAAAAAAAAAGUAUUUCUGAAUAUCCCUGAGUUGAUUUCAUUUCUCAUGGUGGAAAUGAGACUGUGUUUGCUAUACACUUUUUCUAACAUCGUGACAUUUUUGUCAAGUAAAUGGACUUUGUGGCGUUGAUUUUUACCAUUCCUGCAAUGACAUUUAUACCCAUGUAUACCCUUCUCCCCUAUUUACUGAAAGGGAAAAAUGUUCAAGUGGUCAGUGAGCAGUAUUGAAAACUAGCUGAGGUCUUCCUGAAGCCCAGAGGUGAUGUGCCACUGUGCUGGACAUCCCUGGAGGGACUGCCGGCUGGCGGCGUCUGCCUAGCCCUUGAUCUCUCUUGGGUUUAAGAGUAACCUCUGGUUGAAGUCAACAUUGUGAAUUUUGGGUUUGUUUUUGAGGUAACAUUCUGUAAAUGUCCAUUGGAAGGCAAUAUGUGGGCUGCUAAUUUUAUUAGGUCAAAUUGAACAAAAGUUUCGUGUUUCCAUGUGUUCUCUAAUUUUUGGAUAUAAAACACAAUGUGCCCAUAAACUUAAGCAGGAGCAGGAAUUGACUGUGACAGUACAUAAAGAACGUCAUGGGGUGCGGAAAUGUUCUCUCUGUGGAUAGACUAGGUGUGUGUGUCCUUUUGCCAGAAUACAAAAGCUGUCACUUUACACAUGUGAGUUGCACUGUGUGUACGCUUCACCUUGACUUAAAACAUUUUGUUAAGUGAGAGAAAAAAACACCAUUGCUUGCAUGGUUCUUUUGUGUAACAGUCUGUAAAAGGCAAAACUAGGGAAGAACAAUGAAUGAAUGUUUUUUAGGGGAAAGGAAAAAGACAGCUGCACAUGCGGCCCAUGAAGAAUCUGGGAGUGAUGGAAUCAUUCUGUCAAGAUCGCUGACAGGCUAGUGGGUACACAACUCUGAACUUCAGAAAUCUAGAGAACUGCGCCACAGGAGUGAUUGUUACGGAGGCUAAAUAGAGAUUAAUCUAUCAGAUCGCAGAGGAAAUACAGGAUGGCUAACAGCCUCCAUGAAGGAAAUCAACUUACUUUGGAAAACUGUUUUAUCGGUGACUAUAAGGCCAACACGAAAAGAACUGUCCAUGGACCCCGUACUCCGGGUCAAACUGCUGUUUCUCAUAACUGUGGGUUAAUGAUUCUGAAGCCACUUUACAUGUACGCUGGGGCUGGCAAGUAGAUAGAGUGUUGUAUUAGCAGGUUCUCACUGUCAUGUCACACUCUAAGUCUAGCGUGAACACUGGCUUUGGAGGUUGUGCACACAUUGUAAAAUAGAAGACAAACUGAGUCUCCAGAGCAGCCAAAGAAAAAGGACGAUUGCUUCCAAAGGAGCAACAGUGAUGCUACUAGCCUCUGAAAGGAACCAUGGAAGGAAGAAACUGAGCUCCAGAAGUUUCAUGGACGAAAAUAACCAGCAGUCCAAGAUUCUGUAAACAAAUUUUCUUCAAAAUGCAGAAAAAGACGUGUUCUGACAAGAUUUAAAAACAAAAAAAAAAAACACUGAAAACAAUCCAGAACUAUUCAAGAACAUGAAGGAGAAAUUUCUGGCUGAAGGAAAAUGACCUCACUGCCCUACGAAGACGCCCAAGCCCGGGAAGGAAGGUCAUCAAGAGACAAAAUGUAAGUAAAUAUAAUUGAAUGUUAACAGGAUGGUUUUGCAGCCCUGUAUAGUUUUACACUCUCAUGUCAGUCAAAACUUUCAAAA